AACACUUUUUACCAACUCUCACACCCAAUCACACUCACACUCACUCUUUAGCAAGUCUUUAAUUCCCAAUCGCUUUCAGCAUAUUCGUCUCACUGUUUCUUCCUCUCCCCCAGAAUUGUUAAGGAACUCUCUUCUCCAAUCAUAAUGGAGAGUAUACGGAAGCAAGCGAGCAAGCUCAGGGAGCAGGUUGCCAAGCAACAGCAGGCAGUGUUGAGACAAUUGGGACAUUUAGGUCAUGAAGCUUUCAUGGAUGAUGAAGCUGAACUUCAGUGUCACCAACAACUUCAAAAUCUAUACAAUUCUACGAGAGAUGCUAAGCAUUUUCAGCGGAAUAUUCUUCGUGGAAUUGAAGCUUUUGUUUCUAUAAGCUCAAAGCAAAUGGAGAUGGUAAGAAAGUUGGCUCAAGAUUGUUGUAAAUAUGGAGAUGAGAAUCAAAGCAGUGAAAGCACUUGUUCUCCUCUUGCGAGAGCUUCUCUUCACUUUGGUACAUCGCAUUAUUCAAUGGAGGAGGAAAAGGAGACUUUGCUUGGGAUCUUUGUUAAUCAGGUAUGUGAGCCACUUCGGGCACAAAUAAGAGGAGCUCCUCUGGAAGAUGCUCGCCACUUGGUACAUCGUUAUGACAAAUUGCGGCAAGAGGUUGAAUCCCAGGAAGCCGAAGUAUUGAGGCGUCGAUUGAAGUCUAGGGAUUCCUCUAUUUCUGUAGAGAGUUCUACAAGGCUUCAACUUGCAGAAGCAAGACUGACUGAACUAAAAUCUAUAACUAUGGCACUGGGGAAAGAAGCAACUGCUGCCAUGUUGUCAGUUGAGGUUCAGCAGCAACAACUAACUUUCCAGAAGCUUCUUACCAUGAUGGAAGCUGAGAGAACCUAUCAUCAAAAGGCUCUUGAAAUUUUAGAGAAGCUACAUGCCGAGAUAACACUAGAGAAGCAGCCCAAAGAGUUUUCAUUGCCAUCAGAGAUAAUGCAGAGAGAGGUUUAUCAUCAGUAUGUGCGUGACAAUAUCGAUUCAAAUGGAUCAGGUAGUCAUGGACCUAUUAUUCAAAAUGAAAAGUUCUUCAUUGCAAAGGCUGUACAUUCCUUUGAUGCUCAAGCAGAUGGAGAGUUAAGCCUCUCAGUGGAUGAUUAUGUUGUGGUUCGCCAGGUGGCCCCUACUGGAUGGUCUGAAGGAGAAUGCAACGGCAUAUCUGGAUGGUUUCCCUCUGCCUACGUGGAAAGGCAGGAGAAAGCACCGGCAAGCAAGGUAAUGGAAGCAACUUCAGAACCUUGAUCACAAGGUUAACGUUGUCAUAGAACCCGUACAUUCCUUUCUCUUGUAUUGUAAUCCCUUCUUGAUGCCAAACUUAGCCACAAAUAAAAAUAAAAUGAAUUUCAAAUAAUCUCUGUUAAAAUAGAGUUGUAAAAAAUGAUGUAUAUGUAUUAUUACUCAACUUUCGAAUAUCCGGGAUUGAGUUAUUCUAUUCUCAAGUCGGUGUAUAGAUGUAUAUGUAUAUGUAUAUGUGAGCACUUUAUUAUGCUUGUUGUCAAUACCAGCAGCUUAUAAAUAAAAUUUGUAAUUCUAGAUU